CGUUCAUCAUCAAACAGACUCUACGAGGAACUUCGUUUAAAUUGGAACAUUUUGAUGAAAAUGUGUACAAUUAUAACAGAGGUCUUCGUAUAAUCCCAGCGCCUCAACCAUCGUCUACAGCACUAAUGUCCUUGAGAGCCAGAUGUCCAUCUCUGACUUGUACGAAUGAGUGUAGCCCACCGACUGUAUGGUGUAGUUAGAAAGAUUAUUUGUUUUAAUUUCCCUUGGUGUACCAGGAAGUGUUUGUGCGGCAGCUGUUCUUAAUACAGCCAUGGGCGGCUCCUUUAAGAACCAGGCAGCAGCGUAUUGGUUACCAGGACGACAAAUAAUGACAAAACUCUACGGCUCAUCUGUUUGCAGCAGCAGUGUGGGAGUAUCCAAACUUGCAGUAAGAAUUGACUUUCACCUUGAAAGAUAACAACAUAUUCUGUACAGUGCAGGUUAAACAGUGUGUUUUCAGUCACUAGUUAGACGAGAUAUAGUUUAAAACGAACCUGCCGCUUUUGGAGCCAACAUUGAUUGAUUGAACAGUAGGCAACGCGACGUCUGACUACAAGUAACGUUACGAGAUACAGAGGGUCGCAUGUGGGUUGCCAGAUAAGAUACAAAACUACAGAAAUGCUCGUUAGUUUCAAGCUGCAGCUCUGACGGAACUGGCUCCACAAUUCAGUCCUUUCUACCAACCGUUUUAACACCUGUUUCCUGGACAUUCAAGGCCAUUGAUCUCUUUCAGGAAUAAUCAAAGUAUGGUGAUGCUUUCUGCAUGAGCAGAGGAACGGCCUGUUGAAAGAAAAUGAGCAAACAUUAUGAAUCAACAAAUGUGUCUGAGGUGGAGGACCACAUUUCUCUGAAGUAUGACAUCAAGAAGAGACUUGGAAAAGGGCGGACAUUCAGGGAAAUCAUGUUCCUCCAGGAGUUUGGCGAUCAUCCCAACAUCGUCAAACUUCUAAAUGUCGUCAGAGCUCAAAAUGAUAAAGACAUUUACCUCAUCUUUGAAUACAUGGAUACCGACCUGCAUGCAGUGAUAAAGAAAGGUACCCUGCUGAAGGACAUCCACAAACGUUAUGUGAUGCACCAGCUCUUCAAAGCUGUCAAAUACCUGCAUUCAGGAAAUGUUAUCCACAGGGACCAAAAGCCAUCCAAUGUGCUGCUGGACACCGACUGUGUAGUCAAGCUGUGUGAUUUUGGCUUGGCCAGAUCACUCAACCAGAUCCAAGAGGACAGUGGGAAUCCAGCACUGACGGAGUACGUGGCGACGCGGUGGUACCGAGCUCCUGAGAUCCUGCUGGGAUCCACGAGGUACACUAAAGGCGUGGACAUGUGGAGCCUUGGCUGUAUCCUGGGAGAGAUGCUGCUAGGAAAAGCCCUGUUCCCCGGGACAUCCACCAUAAACCAAAUAGAGAAGAUCAUGAGUGCCAUACCCCACCCCAGCCCAGAAGAUAUUCUUGCAAUCAAGUCUGAAUACGGAUCUUCUGUCAUUCAGAGAAUGUUACUAAAACCACAGGUGCCUUUGGAGGAUCUUCUCCAGCUGUCUGUGUCUCCUGAUGCUCUGGACCUGUUGAAAGGUUUGCUAGUUUUCAACCCAGACAAGCGGCUCACUGCUGAGCAAGCCCUCCAACACCCAUAUGUAGCCAGGUUUCAUAAUCCAGCCAGGGAGCCAGCUCUUAACUAUGAUGUAGUGCUGCCAGUGGAUGAUGAUGUACAGUUAUCUGUUGUUCAGUACCGCAACAAACUUUAUGAGAUGAUACUGGAGAGGAGAACUAAUCAGGGGGUGCUAAGGCUGAUCCAUCCAAAAGAUGGAGGCUGUGUCAGUAGCAUUGAGAAGCCCCCUGUGAAGGACAAAGUAGAGAAGGGCCCAGUGGCAGUGAAUGGGUGUGGUGACCGCGGAGGGAAAACACAACAUGAAAAGACUAAAGAGACAAACGACGUUCCUUCCCAUACAGGCGUCACCAAACCUGGGCCUGUGAGUGUGUCAACUCCACCUGCUGUGGAGAAGACGAGUCCAUUAUCUAGUCCUGGCUUGGGAAAACUCACAUAUAACCCCAUCACACAUGCCCCAAAUGGUUUUGUUCGGAGUCCAGCUGGUCCUCCUAAUUACUAUCCCUCCACUGCAGCCAACAGGAAACUAGUGGGACAGACCAGUAAUGGAGGUGCAACAACAUCACCAACAGAGGGCACCAACACUGAUGCAACCAUGGACCAGAUUCUCCGGCGUGGUCGCUCAGCCCCUGUGACCCAUAACCGCUCCUUCUCCUUGACCCUUAACCAAACCCAGAACAACCCGUUGGUUCGCCAAGAUGAGCCAUCCCUGUCCUCUGGGCUAUAUGUCACAUCUGCACGCCUGAACCAGCGCUCCACCUCUCAGGUUCGUGAGGCUCUGCCACCGACACGGUUCAGCAAGAAAGUAUUUCAGAGUAACUGUAAUGUGGCUGCUGCAGGCGACCCUCGAGCCAAACUGGGCAGCUAUUCCCAGGCCUAUGGUACCAUCAACAAGACUGAACUGGACAAUCUGCUUCGAAGCCGUCCUUACAACCAGUAACUGCUGUCAUGUCACAUGUGUUUCAACACUCAACAAGAUUUGCUUUGCACAAGUAUGUUAGGCACAAAGAAAACUGAAAGACAACUUGAAAGAAAAGACUCUUACACCUCUUGUAUACUAUGUAAAUUGUAUCCACGGAGACAUGUCUAUCGCUGUCCAAGUCUAUAAAAAUUCCAGUGACUUUA